UGACAGUGAAGACUCCAAGUUUGCUUGGUCGGAGCUCCCUCUCGUCAGAUUAUUAAGGAUGAAAGUAGAAAACUUUCGUCUCGAUUUGUUCAUCUUCUACGACGAGUGUUUCUCCUGAUUCGAUACACGCACGCCCUAAUCAAACUAUACCUUAUUGUAUGCUUUCGAGUUUCACUCUGUCUCUCGAUGACGCGCUUCAUCUUCUCCAACGUUUCCUUACCUCCUCAAACCAGAUCAAACAGAUCCACUCUGUUCUGCUCAUCACCAACGCAUUGCUCCCUUCUAGCCGGAAGACCAAGUUCGUCUACAACACUCUCAUCCGAUCCCAUCUCACCACAGGACAUUACAACACUUCUCUGUCUCUCUUCAACCACAUGCUUGCAAACCAAGUCAAACCCAUCAACCUCACUUUCCCUUCCCUCAUAAAAGCAGCUUCCUCUUCCUUCUCCGUCUCCUACGGCGUUUCCUUACACUCCCAAGCUCUCAGACGCGGCGUUCUACGUGACCCGUUCGUGCCGACUUCCUUCGUUCAGUUCUACGGCCAAGUAGGUGAUCCUCGAAGCUCGAGGAAGAUGUUCGACGAGAUCUUGGAUCCUUGCGUUGUUGCUUGCAACACUAUGCUCGAUGCUUGCGGAAGAAACGGAGAGAUGGACUCUGCUUUCGAGCUGUUUCGGAGAAUGCCUGUGACCGAUGUGGUCUCUUGGACUACUGUUAUCAACGGGUUUGGUAAGAACGGUUCUCACUCCGAAGCUGUAAUGCUUUUUAGGGAGAUGAUAAGUUUAGUAACCCCCAACGAAGCUACUUUGGUUAGUGUGCUUUCUUCCUGUGCUAAUUUAGAUCAAGGAGGUGGUGUUCAUUUAGGGAAGCAGAUUCAUUGUUAUGUUAUGAGGAAAGAGAUCAUCGUAACUGCUACGUUAGGGACCGCUUUGCUUGAUAUGUAUGGGAAAGGGGGUGACUUGGAGACGGCGUUGAUCGUUUUCAAUAAGAUUUACGACAAAAAGGUUUGCGCUUGGAACGCGAUGAUCUCAGCUCUUGCCUCCAAUGGUAGACCUGAGAGAGCGUUAGAGAUGUUUGAGACGAUGAAAUCAAGGAACGUGAAUCCGAAUGGGAUCACUUUGCUUGCGGUGCUCACGGCCUGUGCUCGAUCUAAACUUGUGGAGUUAGGUAUCGAGCUGUUCACUUCCGUAUGUAGCGAGUACAAGAUCACUCCAACGUCAGAGCAUUAUGGUUGCAUGGUUGAUCUCAUCGGAAGAGCUGGACUAUUGGUUGACGCUGUGAAUUUCGUAAAGAGUUUGCAGUUGGGGGCUGAUGCUUCUGUUCUUGGUGCUCUUUUGGGUGCUUGCAAGAUUCACGAGGAUGCUGAAUUGGGGGAUAAAGUAGGGAAACAGCUUAUUGGAAUGCAGCCAGAGCACUGUGGUCAGUACGUGGCGUUGUCGACACUAAAGGCUUUGGGUAACAAUUGGGCAGAAGCAGAGGAGAUGAGGAAGGUCAUGGUAGAAGCUGGAAUACGGAAAAUCCCUGCAUAUAGUGUCUUGUCUUGAGAAAAAAAUGUUUCAUACAAGAGUUACUGUGUAAUCUCUGUUCGGGUCAGUACAUGCUGUGUCAGUAAAUGUGAUAGGUUUCACUUCUGUUUCUGUGAAACUCUUGCUUCGCUAAGUUCAUUAUUAUGGAGUGCUUGUACUGACCUGGGAUAUAACUUACAUCCUAGUACACCAGUUUCUUAUUUCACGAGCCAACAGUAUUGUUGUAA